AUGGGCCUCGGACUGUUCCGCCGUAAAACCAACUCGCGCACACCGACCGGCACCUCCUCCGAUGCCAUGGUGGUCCAGGUCCGCGUUCUCGUUGACUCGGGACCCAGUGCUCGCGACAUGUUUGUCAUUCGAGUCAAUGCCGAUGACGACGUGAGCGCCAUUCGUGAUGCGGUUGCCGCUGAGCUUGGUGUGGCAAGCAUAAGCCUGUUCAAGGUCUCCAUUCCAUGGCAGGCUCACUACGAGGCCGGUGCAUACGUCGAGCGCUACGGUGUGCCAGCAUCCCUCCUCUCCGUAUUCCCUGGGUGGAACCUGGACGACCCCUCGCAGCUGGCUGCCAGCGGUGGUCUCCCCCUCCCAGCCUACAUUAACGGAUCCGGUUCACUACGCGCACCACGACGUCGAGGCAGCGGCUGGCCCGCUGGCGUCAAGCCUAAAGUCGGCCACUGGUUUCCCGACGGCGGCUGCCCAGACACCAUUAGCAUUCUGGCACGUACGGCGUCGACUUCCUCGCUUGACUGGACACGGCCACCAAGCGUGCCCAUUACGAUUUCCGCUCGCUUCGCGUCGAUCGACAGUGACAUGCGCAGCAAACGUUCGGCAACAGCAACACCCGUCGACAGCGAUGACGGUGUCGUCCUCGUCGACAUUUCCCCAGACUCGACCGUUGCAGAAUUCAAGGUCGCCCUCCUCCUUGCUUCGUCCCGCCCAGCGCCGGCUGGCAUGCUCGAUGCCCUGAUCCUCUGGCGCAUAGACAUGAGCAAAGGUGACCUCGCCGCCAUCGACGCCACUGGCGGUCUCACCCGUGGUCGCCGUCCGACUCCUUAUCCCGCCACCUCAGCCCCACCCCUUCUCCUUGCCGACGAGAACGCAAAGGUAUCCGACUACCUGGGUGAUUUCCGUUCCAACCGCUCCGACCCCAACGCCAUCACCAUCUCCGCCUGGCUCAACCCUCUGGUCGCCACCAGCCUCGCUGCGCGCUUUGACGUCCCGCGCUUCGAGUAUCCCAUGCCCCCUGGGAUUGCUCUCCCUCGCCAGCGCCUGCUCCCUACCCGCCCGCUCCCCAUGUCAUCCAUCUACCUCGAGUCGCCGUCUUCCUUCUGUAUCCCACCUGGCGACGACAACGGCACGCUCGCCCCUCCCACUGCCAUGCUCCGGUGCUGCUCGGGCGGCCACGAGGGGCAAGGCCUCAUCGGUCUCGGCAUCUUCAUGUCCCCAACAGCCAGCGUCAGCGACCACGGCUCGUCCGAUGACGAGGCAAUGUCCUGGCCCGCCACGCCCAACUUUGGCGACGACGAGGCAGCGUGGGUCGCAGCCGGUCCGUCGCCAUGCACACGCAUGGGCGAGUGGACUGGCGCCGACGGCACAGCCGCCGAUGAAGAUGACGACGGCGAGGACUCGCACGCGCUCACGCCCAAGAUGGGCCAGGCCCAGCUCUACCCGGUUCGUUCUGCGCUUAUGCUGUAA